UGUGGGUGAAAAUCUGCGCAGCCAUUAGGCUUCCUUCGUCUUUCCUUAACAUGGACUAGAAACUUGGGGGGACAGGCAGACUUGCUUCCAGCUCAGCAUGGCAGGAAUGAAAAGCACUGCGGUAAGCAAAACUGUUGCCUUUACCGUUGAAAAAGAGGUCCUUGUGUCUCCCACCCAAAUGCCAGCUAGCAGCGUCGGCGAUCCCCAGGAGAAGCUGGGAGACUUGGGGCUGCAGACCAGCUGUUGAGGACCACCGGGUAUUUCAUAUACCCAUGUGUGUUUGUAUGACAUGUAUGACAUGAGAACAUGGAAUUGGUGACAGCUAUAAAAGCAGAUUUGCGCAGGGGGUUGGAGUUAGAUGACCUUUGGGGAGUCCCUCCCAGCUCUACAAUUCUAUGAUUGAAAAACCUAGGAGUGGGGGGUCCUAGGUGGCUUUAGGAGAGAAUUACAGUACUGUAGACACAUUUGUGGAGGAGAGGACCAGUGCUUUUAUUCUGGGGUUAUGCAAGGGUAUGCAUACCCCUAAACGUUUUGUGAAUCUUUGUACUUUUGUCCAUUUACUGUACAGUGGUACCUCGAGUUACAAGCACUUCAGGUUACAGACUCCGCUAACCUGGAAGUAGUACCUCAGGUUAAGAACUUUACCUCAGGAUGAGAACAGAAAUCGCGCGGCGGUCACAGGAGGCCCCAUUAGCUAAAGUGGUAACUCAGGUUAAGAACUUUUUCAGGUUAAGAACGGAGCUCCGGAACGAAUUAAGUUUGUAUCCGGAGGUACCACUGUAUUUAUUUUCCCCAAUUUGAACUAUAAAAUGGCGAUUUUCUUGAGUCAAAAUGAGAGUACCCCUAAACGGUGGCGGUGCUCUGCUCCCACAGUUUGAGGCAGAAAUGCUUCUUGAAGCCUGGAAGCUGCAGGAGGCGAGAGGACUCUUGCCAUGCCUGGGUCCUGCUUGCAAGUUUUCUACAAGUGUCUUGUGAGAAAAGGAUGCUGGAUUAGAUGGGCCAUUGGCCUGAUCCAGCGGGCUCUUUAUGAAUGCAGAAUCUGGAGCCCACAGCAUCAUUUGCAGUGAUUAUCUUGGAGGAAGGGGAUUUGUUUUGUUCUUCAAAGGAAGGCGGGUGGCUUCAAUUAGCUAAUGUCUGCUAAGUGCUUUUGAAUAUGGAAAAUCUCUUAAGCACUAAAAAAGCUUUUGCUGCCUGAGAAAGCCGGCUUUAUUAUAUUUUUCAAGGGUUUGGUUUUUUUUAAUUGCCAAAUACCUCCUUAAAACCUCGCCUGUGCCAGAUGCGUGUGUUGGGUAAAUCCAAAAGAGAUACGAAGCUCAUUGUUGGGUUUCAAAGCAACUAUUGUUUUCCACAGGGGUGUUAGGACUUGGGGAUAAUUUUAUUGGGGUUCUUUAAGUGCAUGGCUCCAUUGGAUGCGAUGUGUGGGGAGGGGGGUCUCAGGCCUUGAGCACUACUGGUGGGAAUUAUUUAUUUAACAAAAUUUAUAUACUUCUGGUUUGUCAAGCGGGGGGAAUCAACAGUAGGUAAACAGAAAUAAAGCACAUGCCACUUCUACGUUUCUGGGUGGGCUUUCCCUAAACCAGUGUUUCCCAAACUUGGGCCUGCAGCUGCUUUGGGGCUAUUUAGUAAAUUUAAAUGCUUUACUUACAAACUCCAAAGGUCACAUUCAUAAGCUAUUCCAUGCAGCAGCAAUAAGAACACAGGUAGAAAAUUACUGGGUUGUGAAAUACCAAUAAAUACUUCUGAGCAUGCAGUCUGGGCUUGAAGUAGUCAAGCUCAUACGUGUUGCCUGGUGAGCUUCACAUAGUACAAGAGAGUAAACAAAGGAGGCUUCACUUCCUUCUUCAAUGGAGGUGAAGCGGUAUGACCUGAGUCUAGGAAUACGGUUCCAUGGUUUUAACCCAUUCAUGCGUUAACUACCCCUAAGCUUUCUAGUUAUAUUUGACUGCAAUAUCCCACAGCAAAGAGCUCCAAAAGGACCUCCCCAAAGUGGGUGAGUGGUAAAUGAUGUUCACUGUAAAGUGAUGCAUGUUGUGGCAAAAAAAUAAAUAAAUCUUAAUUUCACAUAUGCAUCCAUGGGGUCUGAACUGGUGGGGACUGGCCAGGAACGAGACCUUGAGGUCAUAGUGGACAGCUCAGUAAAGAUGUUGACCCAGUGUGCCGUGGCUGUAGAAAAGGCAGAUUCCAUGCUACGGAUCAUUAGAAAAGGAAUUGAAAGCAAAACUUGCCAGUAUCAUAAUGCCGUUAUAGAAAUCUAUGGUAUGACCGCAUUUGGAAUAUUGUGUGCAGUUCUGGCCUCCUCACCUCAAAAAGGAUAUUGUAGAGUUGGAAAAAGGUUCAGAAAUGGCCAAGCAAAAUGAUUGAGGGGAUGAAGCGACUCCCCUGUGAGGAAUGGUUGCAGCCGUUGGGAUUUUGUAGUAUAGAGAAAAGGCAAGCAGGAGGUGACAUGGUAGAAGUUUAUAUAAUUAUGCUUGGCAUGGCAGGCAGAAAGAGGAUAGAAAAAAAAGGUUUUAUCCCUCUCUUUAUAGAAUGUGUGGAAAUCCAAUGAACUGGAACGUUGGAAGAUUCAGGACAGAAAAAAGACGCACAUAGUUAAACUAUGGAACUCCCUGCCACAGGAGGCAGCAAUGGCUACCAGCUUGGAUGGCUUUAAGAGAGUACUGGACAAAUUCAUGGCUGUCAAUGUCUGAUGGCCACAAUGGCUCUGCCCUUCCUCCACAGUCAGAGGCAGUAGUGUUUCUGAAUCCCAGUUGCUGGAAACCACAGGAAAGGAGAGGGCUCUUGUGCCCGAAUCCUGCUAGACAGGCACCUAGUUGGCUACUGUGAGAACUGGAUGCUGGACUAGGUGAGCCACUGGGCUGAUCCAGGAGGGAUCUCCUGAUGUUCAUUUUCCUUGCUGCUCCCAGCUCCCAAACCCAUCACGCCUUUGAGACCACGCUUCAAAAAAAAUAUUGCUCUAACGAUGGAAAGGGUGAUUUUAUCUCCCAAGAAUUCAACCUUGGCUUGGGUCUUUCUCAGCAAGAAGGGAGCCCAGUGGUGGCUGGCACACACUGGACAGAAAGCAGGAAGGGAGAGAGGCAGGGCAAGGGUGGAAGAAGAGGAGGAGUGUUUGGGAUGGUGGGGUGACGGGGGGAAGCACAACCGGUGAUUUUUAUUGGAUGCAACAUUUUGCCAAACUGGAAAAAUGGAUAAUGAGAUGGUGGGGGAGGGAACCCCUUCUGACCUUGGCGCUUUGGGUGCCCUCCCAUCUUCCCGGCGGGUUUUUCCUCGGAAUCUGUUUGUCUGGGUUGGUUACAAAGAAGUAAUUAAUCUUUUAUUUCCAUCCCCGCCGAAAGCCUUCAUCGUUUUGCCUUGACUCCUCUCUGUGGUCAACCAUGUGACUCCGAGGGCCUUCAGCUGUCAAUGGUGGCCUUGUGCGAAGGAACAAAAGAGAACUUGAUUUCUAGUUUGUGGAAAAACGGGGCGGGGGGGGGGGAGAGAUUUCUUUCCCCACCCCUGUGAAUGAAAGGUCUCCUUGGUUGAAAGGGAAAAGAUUCUGGAGGGGGAACUGGGGGACAACUCCGUGUCCCAUUCCACCACCCCCAUUGUCAAAAUAGAGAUGGUCAGCGCUUUAUAUGGACCAGAACUGUGGAACUCCUUGCCCCAUGAGGAGACAAAUGUUGACCCCCAUCCCCGUCUCCAGAGCUACCUGGAGGAAGGGGGUUGUGGACUACAGCUGCCCAGGACCACUUAGCAAAAUCUCCACCCACAAGCAGAGUUGCCUUUAAAAACACAUCUCCAAGAGAAUCCCGUGCACUGUGACUGGAAAUGCUUACAAUAAAGCUGCCUCAGAUCUUCAGGGUCCACCAAGUACCUCGUAUCUUCUGGGAAGAUGGGAUCAUCUCUGGCUACCGUCACCCCAAAAGCUCUGCCUUGGAUUGCGUCCUCAGCACUUUUCAGCUGAACAACGAAACCCUCAACAUUUGGACACAUUUUCUGCCAACAUGGUAUUUUCUGUGGCGCUUCCUGAUGCUCUCCUACUGCCUGGACUUCUGGCAUGACACCUACAACUGGCCCUUCCUGGCCUACAUGGUUCUGGUCUGCCUCUACCCCUUCACCUCCAGCUGUGCCCACACAUUCAGCACCAUGUCCACCCAUGCCAGGCACAUCUGCUACUUCUUGGACUACGGAGCGCUCAGCCUCUACAGUUUGGAGGUUGCGCAAGUUUCUUCUCUGUUUAUUAUAGGCUGCGCUAUCACAUACGGAGCCUACGCAAUGCCUGAUGUCUGGGUGGACGGCCCUUUGCACCACUGCUUUGUCCCCCUGGCGGCCCUGAAUUCCUUUAUCUGCACCAGCCUGUCUUGUUACUCCCGAUUCCUGGAACUGGAGUGUCCUUCUUUGUGCAAGAUCUUGAGGACUACAGCCUUUGCUUACCCUUUCGUCUUCGACAACAUUCCGUUGUUCUACAGGCUCUUGUUCUGCUUUGGUGAAGACUGUGCCUGGAAUGACUCCGUCCCUGGUUACUUCUACCACCUUCUUUUCGCAGCCCUCACUGGCUUCCUCUUCGCUUCCCACCUGCCGGAGCGCCUGGCCCCUGGGCGCUUUGAUUACAUUGGACACAGCCACCAGCUCUUCCACAUCUGUGCUGUCGUGGGCACCCAUUUCCAACUGGAAUCUGUUUUAUGGGACUUGCAUUCGCGCCGGGCCUGGCUGAGCGCUCAUGCCCCAGCGGCCACCUUCACCCAAACUUUUGCCAUCCUUGGAGCUGCCCUGCUGGGCAACCUCGCACUAGUGGCUGCCUUCACUAUGGCCCUCCUCCGAUCCUCCGGCACUACCCUGAUUCUGCAGAGCAACAUCCCCGAGGUGGAGCGGCCCAAGGAGCAAUGAUGGAGCCCUCUCUGGCGGCGCUCUGUGGCUUCGGUUUCUCUGAGAGACCUUCGUUCCACCUCCCUCGGGCGGCGACUCCUUUGAGAGCCCCUGGGUGAGAAUUUUAUCCGCUGUCGCACUUUAUACCUCAGUGUUCCGUGUCCAGAGUAACGUGGGGGAGGGACCCUUUUGAAUGUUCCUCGUAAGUUUGAGCACUUUAAACAUUUGUUUGGGAUUCAACUGUUCGUGGGUGUGCAGCGCGGAGACCCACAACUGAAUGCCUCCCCACACAAUAUGUCAGAGAAGUAGACUUGGGUUCCUGCCUGGGACAACCAUUGCUGGCUCUCUCUCUCCUACUACACAGAGCCAGAUUUUCACUUUCCAGUCAGCUCUGCUUCCAGGGGUGCUAAAUUCUAAAUAUCUGGGCACCAUGUCCUUUCUCUUCAGAUGUUCUCCUAAUGAGAGUUGCUGUUGCACUGAGAGUCCUGCUCAUGGGCUUCCUGUUGUGGGUAUCUGGUUGGCCAUUUUGAGGACAGGAUGCUGGGCUAGAAUGGGCCUUCAGCCUGAUCCCAGCUCCAGGCCUCCUCUGAUGUUCUUACAUAACUCUUGUCUCCAGCUAUGGCAAGCAGAUACUUCCAGGGAGAGUGUGAAGGUAUUCUGUGGGAGGCUUUCUCUGAACAUGGAGCCUAGACCUACUCUGCAUCCAAUACUCUCACCCCCUUUUAAACCGCCCACACUAUCACCACACCUUAGGGCAAUAAAUUCCAUCAAUUCAUCUUGCAUCAUACAAAGAAGGCCCUCCUUUCUAUUCGUCUACCACCAACCCAUUUUUCUUGAGCAACUUCCCUCGCCCCUCUUGCAUUCUGUCUCAGAUUCUCCAGCUGUGAUUCCUGCGUUGCAGGGACGACCUAGAUGAGAAGAUGCCUUCCAAUUCUACGAUCCUGUGAUUCUCAUGUGACACAAGGGGGUGGAGGCAUCCUCUGUGGGCCAAAAACCCCAGAAAGAGAGGACUCUCUCCACACUUGGCGCAAGAGAAUAGCACCGCCCACUGGCCCACAAGAUAACUUUUCGAUUGCACAGCUUAUUGUUGCAUGAAAACCCAAAUGGCAUCUCUCCCCACCCCAAGUUGCACUCAUUAUUUGUUAACCAAUUAUUGGGAA